AUGAACGUCUCGGUGGACUCUCUGACGAUCACCGUCGCUGGAGGUCGCAAGCUGCUCUCAGAGGUGAGUUGCCUCGUGCAGCCGGGUGACAUGGUGGCGCUGAUGGGGCCCUCCGGAGCCGGCAAGACCACCCUGCUGAAUAGCAUGGUGGGCAGAAGCAUCAUGGGCAGUGUGAGCGGAGGCAUCAGCUACAAUGGCAAAAGUUUAGGGACAGUGCGCAGCAACAUCGGCUAUGUGACCCAAGACGACAUCAUGUACGAGACCUUGACGCCUCGUGAGAACCUCACGUUUGCGGCAUCUUUCAUUCUCCCAAAGCUCACGAAAGCGCAGCAAAAGGAAGUUGUGGACGAUGUCAUCGCCAAGCUGAACUUGGCCAAAUGUGCUGACACGGUUGUGGGUUCACCUGGGCUGGUCCGGGGCAUCUCCGGGGGAGAGCGGAAGCGCACCAAUGUGGGCUUGUCCUUGAUCGGCAAGCCUGCCUUGCUGCUCCUCGACGAGCCCACCAGCGGCUUGGACUCCAAGAUGUCGGACUCCCUGAUGAAGGAUGUGAAGACCGUGGCGGAGCAGGGCUGCACGGUGGUCGCGACGAUCCACCAGCCGUCAGAGUUGGUCUUCAGCCGCUUUGACAAGGUCUUGUUGCUGGCGUCCGGCCAGACGGCCUAUUACGGGCCCAUCAAGGGCCUCCGCGACUCCUUGAGCAACCUGGGGUUCCAGUGUCCGCUUGGCACGCCUCUGCCGGAGUUGCUGCUGGAUGUCCUCGAAAAGCCUGCAGAGGGCAAUGACAAAGAGGAGCACGAGAAAAAACUCCAGAACUUGAAGGUCCUGACCGACUCCAGCGUCAAGGAUGACACUGUCUUCAGCCCAGCGGGAUCGGAGAUGCCAACUGCCAGGCGAGCUGGCUUCUGCAAACAGCUGGCCGUCCUCUUUCAGCGCGAGGCUGUGAAUGUGAAGCGCAACAAGACUCUCACCGUCGUGCGAGCCGUGCAGUCCAUAGCGGCUGCCCUGCUCAUCGGGCUGAUCUUCGUUCAGCUCGAGCGCAACAUGUCCAGCAUUCAGGUUCGCCUGUUCGCCAGCUUCCUCUUGGUCUUUGCCCAGUUCCUUUUCGCCAUCCUCGGAGUCGCGAAUGCCUUUCCAGCAGAGAGGGCUGUCUUUCUGCGUGAGACGCAAGACAAGCUUUACCACCCAGCAGCCUUCUACCUGGCCAAAGUCGCAAUUGAUACCGUUUUGCAGAGCCUGUUUCCCAUCCUGGUCGUUGCCGUUUCCUAUCCGCUUAUCGGCCUGAAUGCCGAGAGUGCCGAUAGAGUGCUGUGGUUCUACUUCAUCAUGGCCAUCGUUUCCAAUUGUGGUGCAGGCGUGGGAUUCAUGGUGUCCGCUGCUGUGCCCAGCGUGACCAUUGCAUUGUCGAUUGUGCCAGGCCUUGUGAUGCCACAGCUGCUGCUGGCUGGCAUUUUCAUCAAGGUGGAGGAUCUAGUCCAGCCUUUCAAUGCCCUGAGCUAUCUUAUGGUUGCACGCUAUGCUGUCCAGGCCACAGUGACCAACGAGUUUGCUUGUUCUGCCAAGCAGGACUGCGAUGCUCAAGUUUGGCGUGUUGCUGACCCUAACCAGUGCAGUGCGUCCCCUUGCGACUUCUGCUGCACCGCCCACGAGAAGCUAGCCUCGGGAGGGAUUUGCCCCACUCUGACCUGCGACGAUGCGCUUCGGUUCCUGGCCAUGGAUGAGAUUUGGCCACGUGGGGACACGCCCGACGAGACGAUCUUCUACAAUGUUGUGGCGCUGCUCAUCCUCCUCCUUAUCUUCCGGCUGCAAGGGCUGAAUGUCCUGAUGAUGAGCUACCGGAAGGCGACAACAGGGAGGUGCCUGCCCUGUCGGUUUUCCAGGCCCAGCGCAGUCAACUCCGAGGUGUCGGUUUGA